AAUUCACGACCGAAGGUGGUCCUCCCGUCUUUCCGCCGUGUAUAAAGGGGCGACGCCGAAGUGGGGAUCGAAGCCCCAACAUGCUGAGGAUCGCGAUCGUGCCAUUUCUCUUCCUCCUCCUGCUAUCGAUCUCGACCUUCUCCUCGUUCGCGGUUUCCAUGGCUGAUCGGGAGGUGGUUGUGGAAGGCGGAGAGCCGUCGAAGGCGGAGGUCCACAUCGUCUACACCGAGAAGCCCGAGGGCGACGAGCCCGAGGCCUUCCACCUCCGCACCCUCGCCACCGUCCUCGGCAGUGAAGAUGCUGCCAAGGAGUCGCUGCUGUAUGUGUAUAAGAAUGCUGCUACUGGAUUCUCUGCUAAGCUCACCCCAGAGCAGGUUGCUGAGCUCUCUAACCAGCCAGGUGUUCUUCAGGUGGUUCCAAACAUGAAGCUCCAGUUGCACUCGGGACCUGGGAGGCUCCACUAGAGUAGAGCGUAUAACUUUCUAUACCAGGCCAAACAGUGCUGAAUUUCCCGGCCGUUCUGUUUUAUGUAAAUAAGUGUGAUACAGGUCAUACCCUAUACUACCAAUAAUGUUUGGACAUGUUACUUGCUCUC